ACACCUGAGCACUGGGUACCCAGCACUGAGAAGAUAUAUUCUUUGAGCUAAAAAUGAUGAGCAUUAGCAAGAGUUUGUUCCUGGCUGCUUUGAUGUCAGCACUGCUGCUCCACCUCUGCAGCGAGUCAGAAGCAGCAAGCAACUUUGACUGCUGCCUUGGAUAUACAGGACAUAUCCUUCGUGCCAAAUUCGUCACGGACUUCACAGAGCAGCGGGCCAAUGAAGCUUGUGACAUCAAUGCAGUCAUCUUUUACACAAAGAGAGGAUUAUCUGUGUGUGCGGAUCCAAAGAAGAAAUGGGUGAAACAAGUUAUGCGCAUCAUCAGUCACAAAGUCGCAAAGAUGUAAAAACUGAUGUUCUCUGGAAUGAAAUUGGACACAGCCCAAGAACAAAAGGAACCUAGCUGGAGUUUGUAGUUUCACUUGCACAUCCUUUCAAGUUUAGCACUUAUUUGAUUUGUGCCUCCUUGGACUUGUCCAGUUAAUGAAGUUGAUUCAUAUUGCAUCAUAGUUUGCUUUGUUAAGCAUUAUAUUACAGUCAAGCUCUAUUUUAUGUUGUUAUUUAUACAUGUGGGGUUUUGUGUUUUUUUUGUAUGUAUGUGUUUUGCUAUUUAAUACUAAUUUCCCAUAAGCUAUUUGGUUUAGUAUGAGGUAUAAAAUUUUGUUUGGAGGAAUAAGACUAUAUAGACUUUCUUGCAAGCAGCAGCUCUUUAAACAACAACAACAACUAUUUAACAUUCUUCUGUUUAUAUAUUUUUAUUUCCUAAAUUGUAAUUACCUG